CCCCCGCUGGGGCGCGGGGUGGUGGAGCCCGGGGCGCACGGCGAGCCCCCCUCGGGCCGCAAGUCGGAGCCCCCCGCGCUGCCGCCCGCCGGCCAUGUGGCCCCCGUGUCGCCCUACAAGCCGGGCCACUCCGUCUUCCCCCUGCCGCCCUCCAGCAUCGGCUACCACGGCUCCAUCGUGGGCGCCUACGCCCCCCACGGCUCCAUCGUGGGCGCCUACGCCGGCUACCCGUCGCAGUUCGUGCCCGGGCUGGACCCCACCAAGCCGGGGCUGGUGGGCAGCCAGCUGCCGGGGGCGCUGGGGCUGCCGGGCAAGCCGCCCAGCUCCAGCCCGCUCACCGGGGCCUCGCCGCCCUCCUUCAUGCAGGGAUUAUGCCGGGACCCGUACUGCCUGAGCUACCACAGCGCCUCGCACCUGGGCUCCAGCAACUGCUCCAGCUGCGUGCACGACCCCGGCAGCCUCAAGAGCGGAUACCCCUUGGUGUACCCCACGCACCCCCUGCACUCGGUGCACACCACGCUCUCCUCCAGCGGCACCCCCAGCCUGCCCGGCCACCCCCUCUACACCUACGGCUUCAUGCUGCAGAACGACCCCCUGCCCCACAUAUGCAACUGGGUGUCUGCCAGCGGACCCUGCGACAAGAGGUUUGCCACCUCGGAGGAGCUGCUCACGCACCUACGGACCCACACGGCCCUGCCGGGGGCCGAGAAACUCUUGGCGGGUUACCCUACCUCCGGGCUGGGCUCCGCCGCCUCCUGCCACCUGCACCUCCCGCCCGCCGCCCCCGGCAGCCCCAGCACGUUACCGGCCUCGCUCUCCUUGAGGAGCCCACACACUUUGGGACUAAACAGGUACCACCCCUACGGCAAGAGCCACUUGCCCGCGGCCGGCGCCCUGCCCGUGCCCUCCUUGCCGGCCGCCGGACCUUACUACUCCCCGUACGCGCUCUACGGCCAAAGACUCACGUCAGCCUCGGCUCUGGGAUAUCAGUAACCACCCGGCUCAGCCCCAGCCCCCGCGCCCUCCUUGGACUCUGUAUUUAUUACUGUAUGUUAGCUUAAAGCUGGGAAUAUAAGUGCAUUAUACACCAAUGGUAUGCAAAAGUCUGUGUCCAAAAGAAAAAAAAAACAAAAAAAAACACCCCGAAAAAAAGA